AUAAUAUUUUUGUUUUGUUUUGAACAGCAUACUAUUUACUAGUUAGUACUACUAAUGUAAAUGUGCAGCAAUUCAAAAAAAAAAAAAAAAAAAAAAAAACGCCACACUAAUUUGACAAAUUAGAGAAUGAGAGUAAUCUCUUCUCAUCGUCUUUCUGUAUCUACCUUCCGUUAUCACUCCUCUCACGCGGCGGCGCGUGUAGAUCACCACCCACAACCCAUCUCCUUAACGACAAAUUUCACCAGUCACUUGCACACCAAGAAAAUAGCGAGAGCUGUAGUGGACCGGUCUGCCUUAUUGCAUACGGAGAAAGCCGAAGCUUUGAUUUCGUUAAUCAAAUCAACUUCUACAAAGUCCCAUUUGCUACAAAUCCACGCCCAUCUAAUCCGCAACUCACUCUUUCAACAUUCGAUUUUUUUCUCACCUUUCUUAUUUCGUAUUGCUCUCCCGCCAUUUCGUGAUUUGAAUUAUGCUAAACGGGUAUUUUCAAAUUUUAGAAAACCCGAUUAUUUUCAGUAUAAUGUCAUGAUUAGAGCUUACGGAAUGAGUGAUUCGCCGGAAAUUGGUUUUCAGUUUUAUCAAGAAAUGUUAAGGUUUGGUGUGAAACCGAAUUCGCUAACGUCUUCGUUCGUUACGAGUUGUUGUAUAAAGAUUUGGUCUUUAUUUGGUGGGCUACAGAUUCAUGCGCGAAUUUUGAGAGAUGGGCAUCAAUCCGAUGGACGCUUACUGACUACAUUGAUGGGUUUUUAUUCAUCUAAAGAGAAAUAUAGCGAUGCGUGCAAGUUGUUCGAUGAAAUGUGUAAACGAGAUACAAUAGCUUGGAAUGUGUUGAUUUCUUGCUACAUGCGUGGCAAGCGAACUCGGGAUACUUUGGGUGUAUUUGAUAUGAUGCGUAGCGCGAACGAUUGCCAGCCGGAUGAGGUUACUUGUUUGAUGUUGCUUCAGGCUUGUGCGAAUUUGAAUGCGUUGGUGUUUGGUGAGGGAGUUCAUAGAUAUUGUGAAGAACAUGGAUUUGACAAGGCAAUGAAUGUACGUAAUGCACUUAUAACUAUGUACUCACGGUGUGGUUGUGUCGAAGAUGCUUUUGAGGUGUUUAAAGGAAUGGCUGAGAAAGAUGUGGUGUCGUGGACUGCAAUGAUAUCGGGGUUAGCUAGCAAUGGUUAUGGCAGAGAUGCAAUUGAAGCAUUUCGGGAGAUGCAAAGUGCUGGUGUUUCCCCUGAUGAUCAGACUUUCACUGGGGUUCUUUCUGCUUGCAGUCACUCUGGACUACUCGAUGAGGGUAGGAUGUUUUUCAAUAGUAUGAGCGAAGAGUUUGGGAUUCCACCAAACAUUCAUCAUUAUGGGUGUGUGGUUGAUCUAAUGGGUCGUGCUGGUAUGGUUAAUGAAGCUUACAACCUUAUAAAUUCGAUGAAGGUUAAACCAGACGCAACAAUAUGGAGGACUCUACUAGGAGCUUGUAGAAUUCAUCGCCAAGCUGACUUGGGAGAACAAGUCAUUGAGCAUUUAAUUGAACUUAAGGCACAAGAAGCCGGUGAUUAUGUACUGCUGUUGAAUAUUUAUUCAUCGCUUGGUGAUUGGGAUAAGGUAAUGAAUGUGAGAAAAAUGAUGAAAGACAGGGGAAUCCAAACCAACCCUGCGUGUAGUACUAUUGAGUUCGGAGGGGAAAUACAUGAAUUCGUUGCAAAUGACUCUUCGCAUUCAAGAAAGACUGAAAUUUAUGAGAUGUUGGACGAGAUCAAUCAGCAACUGAGGAUGGCAGGAUACGUUGCUGAAAUAGUGUCAGAGUUGCACAAUGUGGGUGUUGAAGAGAAGCAGAUUGCAUUAUCUUAUCACAGUGAGAAAUUGGCCAUCGCUUUCGGGGUUCUAUCAUCUCCACCUGGCACGUCAAUUAGAGUUGCAAAAGACCUCCGGAUUUGUGUUGACUGCCAUAACUUUGCAAAGAUGUUAUCAGCAGUCUAUAAUCGGGAAGUUGUUAUUAGAGAUCGGAACCGCUUCCAUCAUUUCAGAGAAGGUCGAUGCUCGUGCAAUGACUAUUGGUAAUUGUAAAUUCUGGAGCAGAAUGAAAGUAGCACUUAUAAAGAUUUUAUCUUUUGAAAAGAUGUUGACAAUUAUAUUGCAUGUGGUGGAUAGAAUCCAGACUUAUGGUAUCAGAGUCGCGUUAAUGAUGCAUCAGAACUCUAACCGUCCAGGAAAGAGAGAAACCGAUUGUUGCUGAAUACAGCUUGAAGCUAGAUUCAACUGGACUUAUAGGCACAGAAAAAAUCUGUACCAUAUGUCAAAUAACAAGAUGCGGUUGAUUCUGCUAUUACUUGGCCUCGCCAAAAAGGUUCAUCUCUAAAAGCCUGGCUCGCAGAUACGAUAUUCCAAGUUUCUUCCUCUUGACCUAAUAUUUACCAAUUUCCGCUGCGUAUGUACUGAACUGAACGGUUUUCAAGCUGGGAAAAUUGUUGAAUUUGCCAAGAUGGAUGACGGUGACUGCACAAGGACUCUGAUCAAAGGGAGGCAAACUGGCAUAGUGAUUUGUAAUUAAAUCUCGAAGGUACUUUUAUCGAAAGUCAAACUAUGAAUCAAUUGGUUCUCGAUGAAGGAUGAAACUUGAGAAAAGUGAUUUGUCUCAAGAAGUAUGGAAAGCAUUGACGAAUGAUGAGUGAACUCAAAAAUUUUAGACUGGUCUUAUCAGGACUCAAGAAUAUUAUGCAUCCGGAGCUCAAGGCUGGAGAAAUAUGAUGUUUAUGCUAUCUUUAUUGACAAAGCUUUGAUGAAAUUAGUAUCAUUCUAAUUUAUUUUCCCUCA